AUGGCGGCAUCUCUGCAGCAAAUCCGUUGCGCUUCUUCUUCUUCUUCUUCUUCUUCUUCUUCCAGCAGUAGCAGCAGCACUAACAGCAAUGCGCAAGGCUCGUUCCACUCCGCCUUGUCCGCCAACCAGACCCUGCUAUCCGAUGUGCCGGCAAUCAGCCCUCGCUCGCUGGUCAAAUAUCUCGACUCGUACGUGGUGGGUCAGACUCGGGCAAAGAAAGUCCUGGCCGUGGGAGUUUGGAACCACUACCUGCGUGUAGCGAGCAAUCAGCGCAUGAAGGAUGAAGCCGAGGCGAGGACGCUGGAGGAACUGCAAGAGCAGGAGCAGGAUCGCGAGACAACGGCGGGGCCUAGCACACGAACAGAAGGGGCGGACGUGCAGACAGACGGACUGCCGGAAUCCGCAUCACGCUCGUUGAGGCUUGGCAAGUACAAGGCGACUCGCGACACCGGAGUAAGCACACAAGCGCCGACUGCGGAUGACAUGAACAUCAAAGAUAGCUGGCAGUCGCAGCAACGCAUCGCGAAAGAGCGGUCCGCAGAGCGAGCGCGCGAUCCACAUGGGGAAGCCACUCGUAGCCUCAUGUUCGGUCGCAGCGAACGCGAGUGGCUCGUCAACGCCGGCGGACCCUCGGGGAUCCUCAACGACAACAAUGACCACCACUAUGACACGACUGGCAUCACUACUGCUCCUGGCAUCGUACCCAAGUUUGGCGACGAUCCGACUCGCAGUACCGCCGGCAAGCCUGCAAAGAGAGUGCCCGCCAAGACCCCGGCCGAAGAAGCGGGUUCGCUUCUCGAGGAUCGCAAAUGGUCCUCGACGAGUGGGCAGGAGAGCGCGCUGGCAGAAGCUGCAUCUCACAUGCACGACUCUGUGCUGUCCGAUUACACUCCGGAGAGAAGCGGUGGUGCAGCAACAGCGAGCAAGUCGCUGGGGGUAGAAGCGAACGUUGGUGAGUUUGGCGCUGAGGAGCCACUGUACUUCUCGUCGAAUACGGUGGGAGUGCGGGCAGCCGGAGGGCGGGGGAUUGUAGAUGAUAUGGAGAAGAAAUGGGAAUCGCCUCAGGAGAGGGCAGCGUAUGCGGUUGGGUUGGCCGAGGAGCGGACGAAGCGUGCGUUACGCCUUGCGAGGGAGCGGCUGUCGUCCACGAACGGUGCCAGCAACAAGGACGGAGCUGUGUCUGCUGCACCAGAUACAGGCAAAGCCGCCACAGCUCCGCCUCCUCGCACUCCCAUCGCUGCACCCUCCUCAUCUCCGACACCCAGCAUCAACCCGUCCUUCCUCUCGUCGCAACCGGGCACACUGCCCUUCUUCGAGAAGUCCAACAUCCUCCUCCUCGGCCCGUCUGGCAGCGGUAAAACUCUGCUCCUACGCACACUUGCACAAGCGCUCGACGUGCCCUUUGUCCAUGUCGACGCCACACCGCUCACCAUGGCCGGAUAUGUUGGUGAGGACGUCGAGUCCAUCAUCCAGCGGCUGCUCGUUGCGGCGGGUUGGGACAUCGAGCGUGCACAGCGUGGGAUAGUGUGCAUUGACGAGAUCGACAAGCUGCGCAAGAACGGCGCCGCUCAAGGAGGUGCGGGAGGUGGAGGGGGUGGGAAGGAUGUCGGUGGCGAGGGCGUGCAGCAGGCGCUGCUGCGAAUGCUGGAGGGGACCACGAUUCAAGUGGCAAACAAGGCGGGAGGAGGGGGUGAGGGGGCGGCGGCAGCGCAGGGGAAGGCUGUCAAGUCGCCGUCACCGCCGCCGUCCCAGCAGCAGCAGCGGGCCUCAGAGGCUGGAAACGCAGAUGGCGAGAGCGGGUUGGGUCCGUGGUACAACCACCGGCGAGCACAUGCACAAGUCUCCGCAAGCCGCUGGAGCUUGAGCGCCCAACCAUCAUCGUUCAGCGUGGACACAAGCUCCAUCCUGUUCGUCCUCUCCGGCGCUUUUGUCGGCAUCGAAGACGUCAUCCGUCAGCGACUUGCGCCCCCAAAAUCAUCUCCUCCGCAACCCGCCUCCGCCUCUUCUGCCACACCUGCUAAGGCGGACGCGACGGAAAGCGCAAAGGCCUGGACGCCCACGGAGCUGCUCGCGCGACUCGAGCCUGCGGAUCUCGAGUCGUACGGCAUGAUCCCAGAAUUCAUCGGCCGCGUGCCGGUCUCGGUGGUGCUCAAUCCGCUGACGUUUGACGAUCUGGUCAGGGUGAUGACCGAACCGCGGAACAGCUUGGUGGACCAGUACACGUCGCUCUUUGCGCUCAACGGCAUCGAGCUGUGUAUCUCACACGGCGCGGUGGAAGAGGUGGUGCAUCGUGCCAUGGGCACCAGCUCUUGCCCUUCUGCACAAGAUGGAGGCGGGAGCGGAAGCGGAAGCGGCGGUGGUGGGGGAGCAAGGAGCCUGCGUCGGAUUAUGGAGGAUAUCCUGCUGGAUGCGUUCUACGAGAGUUACGGCACAUCGUCGGUCAAGUACAUCCUGGUGGAUCGGGAGAGCGUGCGGGGAGACGAAGGGGUGAAGCUGUUCAGUCGCGGGCAGAAGUUUGACUUCCAAGAGCGGUGUCGCAUGGAGCAGGAGCAGCGGGAUGGCGAGGUAGCCAAGGGUGGCAAGGGCAAGGACAAGGACAAGGACAAGGGUAAGGAGAGGGAGAGGGAGAGAGCGGGGUGGCAGCUGGAUGCGAAACGAACCGCCAGCGCGAGGGCAAAGGCGAGGGCGCUCAUCAGGUCCAGAUUGCGCAGGACCAAUCGGCUGGUGGAUCCUGUGAUCUAUGUUUAG